GGCGGGGCGGAGGAUGGAGUAGCGGGGCGAGGCGCGACGAGAGCAGAUAGCGCGGGGAGCGCCAGCUCCGCCCGGGGGAGCGCGGAGGGGCCGGGAGGAAGGCGGGGAUCAUGCACGAGGGGAUAACGCGCUAGGGGCAGGCGGGAGGCGGGUGGUCGCCCGGAGACUCCGCACCUCGGGAGUGACGUCCUGCUGCAGUGCUGCUGCCUGCCUACGCUGCCCGAGCUCGUCAAUGGAGCUGGAAAACAUCGUUGCCAACACCGUCUUGCUGAAAGCCAGGGAAGGAGGUGGAGGGAAACGCAAAGGCAAAAGCAAGAAGUGGAAGGAAAUUCUGAAAUUCCCUCACAUCAGCCAGUGUGAAGAGCUCCGAAGAACAAUAGAGAGAGAUUACUGCAGCAUAUGUGAAAAGCAGCCGAUCGGAAGGCUUCUCUUUCGGCAGUUCUGUGAAACUCAACCUGAGCUUGAGUGCUGCAUUAGGUUCCUUGACUCUGUGGCAGAAUAUGAAAUUGCUCCAGAUGAAAAGCUGGGAGAGAAAGGAAAGGAAAUCAUGAUGAAAUACCUCACCCCAGAGUCUCCAGCCUACGUCCCCGAAGUCAGCCAAGACCUUAUCCAGCAGGCAGAGGAGAGACUCGCAAACAGCCCCUGCAAAGAGCUAUUUUCUCACUGUACAAAAUCUGUCCUUGACCACCUCAGUGGGGAGCCAUUCCAAGAGUACCUAAACAGCAUGUACUUCGACAGGUUUCUUCAGUGGAAGUGGUUGGAAAGGCAACCGGUAACAAAAAACACAUUUCGGCAGUACAGGGUCCUGGGGAAAGGAGGCUUUGGGGAGGUCUGCGCCUGCCAAGUGAGGGCGACAGGGAAGAUGUACGCCUGCAAGAGACUAGAGAAGAAGAGGAUCAAGAAGAGGAAAGGGGAAUCCAUGGCACUAAAUGAGAAGCAGAUUCUGGAAAAAGUCAACAGUCAGUUUGUAGUCAAUUUAGCCUAUGCCUAUGAAACAAAGGAUGCACUGUGUUUAGUCCUGACCAUAAUGAACGGAGGUGACCUAAAGUUUCACAUCUACAACAUGGGAAACCCAGGCUUCGAGGAGGAAAGAGCUUUGUUUUAUGCAGCAGAGAUUCUUUGUGGCUUAGAAGACCUACACAGAGAAAACACUGUCUACAGAGAUCUGAAGCCAGAAAACAUCCUGCUAGAUGAUUAUGGCCAUAUUAGAAUAUCAGAUUUGGGUCUAGCUGUUAAAAUCCCUGAGGGUGAAUCAAUCCGUGGAAGAGUAGGAACAGUAGGGUAUAUGGCUCCAGAAGUGCUGAACAACCAGAGGUACACCCUCAGCCCUGACUACUGGGGGCUAGGCUGUCUCAUUUAUGAAAUGAUUGCCGGGCAAUCGCCGUUUCGUGGAAGGAAAGAGAAAGUGAAGAGGGAAGAAGUGGACAGAAGAGUUCUGGAGACAGAAGAAGUGUACUCCCAUAAGUUUUCUGAGGAGGCCAAAUCCAUCUGUAAAAUGCUCCUCAGCAAAGACGUGAAGCAGCGCCUGGGAUGCCAGGGGGAAGGUGCAGCAGAGGUGAAGAGGCACCCCUUUUUCAAGAGCAUGAAUUUCAAGAGGCUAGAGGCAGGAAUGCUGGAUCCUCCCUUUGUCCCUGAUCCCAGAGCAGUAUACUGCAAGGAUGUUUUGGACAUCGAGCAAUUCUCCACAGUGAAAGGAGUUAACCUGGACCAAACAGAUGAUGAUUUCUAUUCCAAGUUUUCCACAGGAUCAGUGUCUAUUCCAUGGCAAAAUGAGAUGAUAGAAACAGAGUGUUUCAAAGAACUGAAUGUAUUUGGACCAAAUGGUACUAUUUCACCAGACCUAAACAAAAGCUACCCCCCAGAGCCACCCAAGAAAGGACUGCUGCAGAGAAUAUUUAAACGACAGCACCAGAACAACUCCAAGAGUUCUCCAAAUUCCAAGGCCACUUUAAAUCACCACAUAAAUUCGAAUCACGUAAGUUCAAACUCCACUGGAAGCAGCUAGUUCCAGCUCCGCGUCACGAAACAGCGUCUUGCAUCCUUCCACUAUAAUCUGUUGAGCUUCUAUGGAUGAGAGAGCCUCCACCCUUAAGUGAAAAGAAAAGGAAAA